AGUGCCUGCCGGACAAAAAAAAAUAAGCACGCAGGCUCUCUUCAUUUUGGAGGAGAGGUGGUUGUGAGCAGCUUCAUAACUGUACACUGCAGGGCAUAGGUCCAGGUCAGUGGUAUUUUUUCAGCACCAAUCUUUCAAUCUGGCAUCCAUACACCUAUUUGAUCGAGGAGGACAAGAGUGAGCGACAAGACGACAAGAGUAAUGCUUACUAAACUGUUGCUAACUCUAACUGAAGUCAACAUCCAUCUCCCUGGGAUCCCGACUUUGUUUCGCACUUAUUUUCAAUCACUGUUUUUACUGCUUGACCUAUGUUAUGAAGGGAGUGCUUUUAAGGUUUUUGCCGUGCUAUUCUUCGUGGGCGCAGAGACCCCAUCCUCAGUGUCCCAAGUUUCCUCCCCUAAGGCCCUCGUUCUCGUAGUUCACUUUCGUCUAGGUGUCCUUGGCCUCUCUGAUGGUUACCCUAUGCUCUUUGAGUAUGACAGGAACUGAGGUUGGGCUCGGCGCUUACAAAUGGAUACGUUUACGCUAUGGCACCAGGUAUCGUAUAUCAGGUACAGGUACUAGGCCCCACAAAUGAACAGUGCGGCAGAAGGAAAAUAUAAAUCCAGGCACUGGUUUGUUUUUAGUAUGAUUUCCCAGCUAUAAUUGAAUGACGAACCUGUGUGUUUUGUUCAGCU